ACCAUUGUCUGAAAUCAGACAAUAACAGCGAACAGAAGAAAAGAAGAUCAUCCUCAAAGACAUGGCUAUGCUGUAUAAUUUCAACAAUGUUUCUUUAUAUUCCAAAAAAUUCUCUGUAAAAAACCCCUCAAAGUCCCCCCUUUGCUUCAUCAAGCCCCACUCUUUAAACUAUCAUAAACCCAAGGUUUUUGAAGACAAACUUGAAAAGGGUUCAUUUUCAUUAAGUGAAACAUUUUCAAAAGCUGGCUUGCUUGCUCUUGUUUCAGCUUCCAUUUUAUUGGUAGAUCCUGCACUUGCUUUCAAGGGAGGAGGGCCUUAUGGAUCUGAAGUAACAAGGGGACAAGACUUAACCGGCAAAGAUUUUAGUGGCAAGACAUUGAUCAAACAAGAUUUCAAGACGUCCAUAUUACGACAAGCCAAUUUCAAAGGCGCAAAGUUGCUUGGUGCUAGCUUCUUUGAUGCCGAUUUAACAGGGGCCGACCUUUCCGAAGCCGAUCUUAGAGGUGUGGAUUUUUCUCUGGCAAACGUAACAAAGGCAAAUUUAAGCAAUGCUAACUUGGAAGGCGCACUUGCAACAGGGAACACAUCCUUCAAAGGAUCAAAUAUAACCGGUGCUGAUUUCACAGAUGUACCAUUGCGAGAUGAUCAACGAGAAUAUCUUUGCAAAAUUGCAGACGGGGUGAAUCCAACUACCGGAAACGCAACGCGGGACACAUUGCUUUGCAACUAGGUGAAAAUUCGAGAAUUGACACUGCGGCUGUUAUUAUUCGAGAUUUUAGCAAGGCUUGAGGUGAAGGGGAUAUACACUUGGAGUCUGAUCCUCCGGUAUUUCGGUAAAAACUAACAAUGAUUAGGUCUAAAUCUCACUUGGCAUACUAGGAUCCGAACCCCGUAUUUGUUGGACAGUUGCAUAAAGACCAACUGGAUUAAGUCCCUAGUUUUAUAGAUCUCACAUUGUUAGGUACUAUCGUUUGAUGGAAACCAAGUAAGAAAGUUUAUUUCCCGGUU